AUGCCUCGGCAGAGCUUCGUUGACGACGUGUGUCAGUACAACUAUACCAAAGAGCGCCUUUGGGAGCGCAGCUACCUUUUGGUAAAAUGUGCGGAACUGCACUUGGAGGAGGAGUACCGCUUGUACCAGGCACGACUAUGGAAUAGUUUUCUUGGGGUGUUCCUCCUUCUGCACACUCUCAUAACUAUCGCCCACUGCGCAAUGCUGCUGUUCGCUUGCGAGCAUCCCCACAUAGUUUAUAUUGAUGUGGCUGUAUACAUAGUUUCGGCAUUCAUUAUUCUAACUGUCUUGAGCGUCAAUUUCUGUGAGAACCUUGCUAUGCGACACUCGUGGAUUACUUAUACAAGCGCCGUAGUGUCCUCUUUCGCAUUGGUGUCUGCUGACAUCAUUCAGGGCACAUAUCAUUACUACAAGCACGAUUGGGCACUGGAUACAUUCUACGACACUUAUAUUAUCUAUAUGAUAUACAUGUUCAUGCCGAUACCCAUAAUGUCGGGUGCUCUGCUGCUAGGGGUCACAGUGUCCGUCGUGUACAUCUCCUACUUUUGGGUCUAUGUUGCCGAAGAGUACUACUCCGACGAAGACUACGGCAGGUUUAGUGUGGAUAUAUUCCACCACUUAGGUUUCAACCUUCUGGGUAUGUUCUUUCGCGUAAUGAAUGACAUUGUAGUGCGGUCGUCCUUCCUGGACCGCCAUCAGUACAUAAUGGAGAAGAUCUGGCUGCGCAAUGCGCGUCGUCAGGAAAAGUUAGUUCUGCAUAGCAUCAUUCCGCCGCAGAUAGCGAAACCCAUUCAAGACGAUAUACAAAAUAGACUUGCCAGAAAAGUACGCGGUCUUGCCGCGAGUCGCUCACCGGGCGUCAUGGAGCAUGUCAUGGCCAUUCAGAUCCAUCCCGAGGUCAGUAUCUUGUAUGCGGAUGUGGUCAACUAUACGAAAAUGACGACAACCCUGAAUGUGGAAAAGUUGGUGAGGCUGUUGCACGACCUCUACGGAAGGUUCGAUAUGGCCGCCACCCAAUUUGAGGUUCAGCGAAUCAAGUUCUUGGGCGACUGUUACUACUGUGUGGCCGGUCUAAUGCGCCCGAGUCCAGAUCACGCCAAGAGUUGUGUGGAUCUGGGUCUGUCCAUGAUCUCACACAUUCAAGAAGUGCGGAGGGAAAACGACGUGGACAUCAAUAUGCGCAUUGGAGUCCAUUCGGGAAGUGUGAUUGCAGGAGUCAUUGGCGAAGCUAAGCUACAGUACGAUAUAUGGGGAACCGACGUGACAAUUGCCAAUCACUUAGAAUCCACCGGGUCGCCGGGAUUUGUCCAUGUUAGUGCCAGUACUUUGAACGAAUUAGAACCCAGCGAAUAUACGAUAAUUCCUGGCACCGACGCAGCUUUGGAGGAUCCCGUUCUAAGCAAACACAAUAUCAGCACGUUUCUAAUUUCUACUGAGCCUUCUCCACAUUCCACCAAACGAACCACACAGAGGUUCGAGUCACUAUCUCACAUGGACAUACCUGCUAGACCCGAUUUGUACAGAACUAAAGAUCAUGUGAUAAACGAAGAGUUGCGUCACGAGUUUCGAAAGAUGCCAGUCAGUAGUUUCAAACAAAUCUUCUCCUGGAGAAGACGAAACCAGUCUAUCGACCUUCUGUCGACCGCGGUCACCAAAUUCUGCCUGGUCUAUCGGGAUUCCAACCUAGAGUGCAAGUACUUGCACUCGCCGGACCUAAUGUUCAAGUACAGCAUGUUGCUUGCUUGGAGCAUUGGAUGUAGCCUGGCCUACAUUCAGCUGAUGUCUCUAGGCGAGGGCGUACUACUUGAGGCCAUACUGUUGGAUGUUGUUGUAUUAACUUUUCUGACCGUCUUGCUUGUCAUAUCUUGGUACAAAAAAUUUUGCUGGCUUAGAUAUGGCAAUAAUGAGAAUAAUCGGCAGAGAUUCGGCAAAUUUAGCUGCUGGAUAUUUCGGACCAGUGAGAAGAUCCAAGCGAGCCUCAGCCUCCGCAUUUGCAUCUACCUCUUUAUCAUGUGUGCUUACAAUUCCGUGAUCUGCAUCAUAAUGAUGGGAUGUGAUCACGAGGAGUUCGAAGUGAUGUACAUCGAUAGUAAACUUUAUCACUAUGACGAUAUAAAUAUAUGUUUUAAUCCCUGGGUUAUCACCAAUGUAGUGGCCCUUAUCAUUGGAAUGAGCUUUACGUUCACUAGUAUUCCGUUCGUCUUGAAGAUAGUUGUCUGUUUAUUGAUGACGAUUUCCUAUCUGAUCGUUAUAUUUUUCCAUUUGCAGUUCAUUUUCCAUCACAGUUGGACCACUAAUCCUUUUUUUGCCCCAGAAUAUGCACAUUGUAUGCUCAUUAUUAUCACAUUUGUUACUUUGUAUUUGAAAGAGCGUCACGCGGAGUUCACAAACAAAGUUAACUUCAAUUGGCGCAUGGAUUUGAGAAGAAAGCAGCGUGAUGCCCAUAGUACUAACUACUCGAUAAUAAUUCUCCUGAAUAACAUACUUCCUGCUCAUGUUGUCAACGUCUACCUUACAUCUCUCGCCAAGCAUGAGCUUUACUACGAGGAGUAUAAAAUAGUUUCCGUUAUGUUUGCUACUUUAAAGAAUUUCGAAUUGAGCCUUAGAAGCUUGCGCCUACUGAACGAGAUCAUCACGGAAUUCGAUAGAUUGUUGCAUCACUACAAAGAUAAUUACGUGGUUGAGAAGAUCAAAAUUGUUGGCUGCACUUACAUGGCAGCAUGUGGAUUGGAUGUGAACUUUGCCGGUCGCAUCAGCAAAGAUUUGGAAAAUCGGGUGACCUAUCGAGACUCUCUAAUGGAAGAAGUGGAACAGGCACAGAUUGUUCGUAGAGCCUCUUCAAAAAUAGCAGAAGAAAAUACGGAAGUUCUUCACGAAGAGGUCGUCUUUGUGAUGACCACGUUUGCCCUGGACCUAAUGCGAACCCUUUGGAUGCUCAACAAAGUCUAUGAAACGGUGUCCUAUGACAAGUCCGUCAUCAGCCCAGACAUGUCCAUCGGAAUCUCCAGUGGUGAGGUGAUGGCUGGAAUCGUUGGCGCCUCUCACCCACAUUAUGACAUCUGGGGACACCCCGUUAAUAUGGCGUCCCGUAUGGACUCCACCGGAAUGAUCGGACAUAUCCAAGUGACCAAGGAAACCGCUAUCCUAUUGGGUGAAUUUGGCAUUAUGUGCAACUUUCGCGGCCAGACCUAUGUUAAAGGCAGUGGAAAUAUUCCCACAUACUUUGUUGCCAUUGAUGAUGAUUACGAGUUUAUCACGACAGGGGACAAGCGAACGCCAAAGCGUCAAAAUCGAGAAAGAGAUGUAUCGAUGUCUGACAACGAAUCGAUUUAUAAUCCUUUUUGGCAUGAUGACGAUGAUGAAAUCGAUGAUAAUUAA